CGUUGAUGAGCAUCCAAUCAACGGUUAUUAUUUACCAUCCUUCCCCUGUAAAGAGGCUUCGAAUGAAAAUUGAAAACCCCCGCCAAGCCAACAUAAAAGCAUGGACGAACCACCCAUUUCCACGUUUUCCAUCAUCAUCCUCCGGCGUCUGAAGUGAUUUUUUCUCGGAACUAGUUGGGGUUUUAGCGAUGGAUACCGGCGGGAAAGUGAAGAAGGGGGCUGGAGGGAGGAGAGGAGGCGGUCCGAAGAAGAAGCCAGUGUCCAGGUCGGUGAAAGCCGGACUUCAGUUCCCAGUCGGAAGGAUCGGGCGUUACUUGAAGAAAGGAAGGUAUGCACAGCGAGUGGGGACCGGUGCUCCAGUUUACAUGGCGGCGGUGCUAGAGUACUUGGCUGCUGAGCUUCUUGAGUUGGCUGGGAAUGCGGCAAGAGACAACAAGAAAAAUAGGAUCAUCCCACGACACGUACUUCUUGCCAUAAGAAAUGAUGAAGAGCUUGCAAAGCUGCUUGCUGGGGUCACCAUUGCUAGCGGCGGCGUGCUUCCCAACAUCAAUCCUGUUCUUUUGCCAAAGAAGACCGAGAAGGCCACCAAGGAACCCACCUCUCCUGCCAAAGCAGGAAAAUCUCCAAAGAAAGUCUAGUUGUUCUAGAUAUAUAGUUUUCUUGAUUUGAUCUCCUUAUAUGUGAUUUUUGGUUCUAGGAGCUUGUUUUUCUGAAUGUGUAGGGCUUAGUAAAUGAAUUGAAUGAAAGAAAAAACUGCCU